GUGUUUCUUUUUCUGGCGGAACUCCUGAAGUGACGCCGACAUGGCAGCGACCUUGUGCACAGCGUGGUGUUUAUAGCAUUUUAAUUAUUCGGUCACCUAAAAUGUUCGUAUAUGUACCACACGGAGUGACUGUUUGGUGUUUAUAGGGUCCUUUUCAACGUUAGCAUCAUGCUCUCCCUCAUAAAGGCUGCUGCCGGCGGAUUGACCGGAAUCUGUAAAGCCAACGGUCACGUACAAGGUCCUUUGCACAGCUACUUGAAAGUCCUCACUGCAGGCCUGAAGACAUAUGAAAUCCCUCCAGACUACAGUGAUGUGGUGCUGCCGGAGAAGCCCAAACUGAAGUUUUUGAACAAGGUGCCAAACUUGAAAAAGGCCAAGAAAGAAGCGAAGAAGCUGCGGGACAUCCAAGGCCCAGCUAAGUCAGCAAAUACCUUUACCACAGGGCAGUACGGUAUUGUGGCCAUGGGAGGCGGCUACAUCCACUGGGGCCAUUUAGAGAUGAUGCGUCUAACCAUCAAUCGAAAGAUGGAUGCCCGAAUCACGUUUGCAAAAUGGCGCAUCAACAGCCCUUACAAGCCCAUCACACGUAAAGGUCUGGGUCAGCGCAUGGGUGGGGGCAAAGGAGCCAUCGACCACUAUGUGACACCAGUUCGUUACGGACGUUUGAUCUUGGAGGUGGGAGGAAAGGUGGAGCUGGGGGAGGUCGAGCACAUCUUGACUGAAGUGGCAAAGAAGCUUCCUUUUCCUGCGAAGGUAGUGAGCAGAGAGAGCCUAGCAGCUCUGCAUAAGAAACAAGCCGACAUGGAGCAGAACAACCAGAAUCCCUGGACCUUUAAGCAGAUAGUACAAGGUAACAUGCUGGGCAUCAGGAGAGUGCUCAGCCCCUUUGACCUGCGCAACCAUGGACGCUUCACAGGCAAAUUUCACUUUCCACACAGGGUGUGACACACCUGAGGGACUGGAAUUAAUAGUGUUAUUGUAUGAAGAAGAUACUGGAAUUCUGUACCGCUCCCAACUUUCAGCCAUAUCUGGAAAUCUUCUGUCAUGCUCUUUGGUUCGUGUUUGUUUUUGCAAUCAUGUUAGCAAAUAUAACAUUUUGUUAAAGG